AUGGCCAAUGUCCAAGCAACCCUUUUGAAGAGCUCAACGUUCGCUUCUUGCCAUAGCAGCUUUGUUGAAGAGAUGUUGCUGGAAUGUGAUGUGAAGAAGAUGGAGGCUGGAACGAAACUUUGGGAAAAAGGAGGCAAGUGCGAUGAGAUUUUCAUCCUGUGGAAAGGGAACGUGGAGCUUUCAAAGGAUGACGGCCUUGUGGUCUAUGACUGGGGCCCUAUGUCCAUUUUGGGCACCUGGAUCUUUGUGAACGUUCACAACCACAUGGCUGCGGCCAAAGCCGCCACAGUGGUGGAAUGUCUUUGCAUCCAGACCUCCACGUUUCUGGCUGUUCUACACCAGCAUCACACGGAGAAGAAACACUUCGUGGAGCUGGCGAACAUCGAGGCGUCAGAACUCUUGUCAGACUCGCGUUGGGUUUGUUUGAUGCCCAGCAAGGGCAACAAAGGGCCAGGGCAACCGACAAGCCCAAGCCCGGUUCCGAUGGAGAUGAAUAUCGUCAGAAAGGACAGUAGCAAGGAGAAGCCCGCAUCCGAAGCUGUCGCGAUCGCCAAGAAGGCUUUCCACCGGCGGCACUCGGCACCCCUGAUUGAUGUGGGAGCCGACACACACAAAGAGAUUGAUCGAGUGGAACAGUCUGAGGGGGUCUCCAGGUGGAAAUCUGCCUUCAAGAGACUUCCAAGUCGUCCCAGGCAUUUCCAGCCCUUAGGCAUUGAGCCGUUGAUGAAGGCCAGCAUCAGGAACCGCAUGGCCCCGCAAGCUCAAGAAGAGGCCGCAGCGAAGAGCGAUGGCUGGAUCCUAGGCAUGAAUCACCGUACGACAUCGGAGGGCCUGGAGGGUUGGCUCGAGUUUGAGAACAAGCCCUACCCCAAGACCCGCUACUGCCGUGGCGUUCCAGACCCCAAGAUCCGCAUUUUCGAUGUGGGAAAGAAGAAGAUGCCCUGCGACGAGUUCCCGGCCGCGGCGCAUUUGGUUUGUGACGAAGAUCAGCAGUUGACCGCCGAAGCGUUGGAGGCGGCGCGUAUCGCGGUGAACAAGUACAUGGCGACCAACGCUGGAAAGGAUUUCUUCCACAUUCGAAUCCGGCCUCAUCCCUUCAACGUGCUGCGCAUCAACAAGACCUUGUCCUGCGCUGGCGCGGAUCGUUUGUCCAGCGGCAUGCGGGGCGCCUUUGGGAAGCCCUACGGCACCGCCGCGCGGGUGGACAUUGGGCAGGUGCUGAUCUCGCUACGAACCAAGGAAGAGAAGAUCCAGUUUGCUGUGGAAGCUUUGAGACGCGCCAGCGCCAAGUUUGCAGGGCGCCAGAAGGUGCACGUGUCCAACAAGUUUGGCUUCACCAAGUACACCAAGAAGGAAUAUCAUGACCACAAGGCUUCCGGACGCUUGGUUCCUGAUGGCACCAACGUCAGGUGGCUGUCCAGUCGUGGUCCCUUGUGGCGAGUCCUUUCAGAGAGUGAAGACGAGCUGGAUUUCACGUGCACCAUGUCCGAGAACCUGGCGGCAUGGCAUCGGCCACAUCUGGGAAAAGUGCAAACGCAGGUCAUGGCACCCGCUGGCGAUUUGCUUCUGGAUCUUAGCCCCCAUGGAGGCCGUGAAGCUACGAAGUCAAAGGAGGUGCCUCCAGACUUAAGUCCUGCCUCUAAAAAAGCCAACGGCUUGUAUAUGGUCAUUAGCGACUGGUUCCAAGUCUUCGACAAAGAUCAGAAUGGAUGGAUCGACAAAGAGGAGUUCAAUAUCAUCACUUCACAUCUGACUGCGACUCUGGCAUGGGAUGAUCAUCAAUCAGAUUUGCUCCUUCAAGAGAUCGAUACCAAGCAUGAUGAUUUGGUGGAUGUGCAGGAGUUUGCCGAAUGGCUCACCAACGUCGAUGCCACGAUUACCGUUGGGACAGAUGGCUGGCUUCAAAUGUAUGACCUGGCAGAUACACUGAAGCCCUUGUAUGAUUGCUUCGACCCUGAUGGGACCGGCAUUUCCAAGGAUCAGUUUUUACGUACCUACCGGGUCAUUGCAAAUUCGUUGAAGCACACGCCAGUCCCUUCGCAAGAGAAGAUGGACAUUUGGGUCCGUGCCGCUGAAGAUGAAUAUGAAGCCCUUGAUGCUCAGAGGGACAUGAUGAUUGACUUUGAGGAUUUCGUCCAGUGGCAGGUGCAACUGCUGAAUAGCAGCGGAACGCCCAACGCCCUGAUGCCACGCAAGGUCUCGGAGCUUGCUGAGGCCUUGAAGGUGAUUAGUGACAUCGACGAGCAGGGCAGCUGGCAUUCGGGCGACAUUUCCGCAGCUCUGACUGAAGCGGUCACCAAGGUUGCCUCCGUCGCACGGGAGCUGUACCUGCCAUGCAAGGAUCAGUUACGUCGACAUUUGGAGGACAACAUGAACGAGCACCAUCAGGAGGAAAAUGACCACGCCAUGGAUGAUUUCACCUGGUUCAGUCCGGGGCAAGACUAUCUAGACAGACUACGCCGGGACUGUGCCAUUGAACUGGGCGUGUUGCUGCCUGGGGUCAUGCCAAACAACCCUUCCAAGGAAGCAGGCGCGAAAAAAAGCGAAGUGUGGAAAGUCGCCAGGCGGAACUCGCAUCUGAAGCAACGUGACCUGUCGGAGAUGGAGACCUCUGCUCAAGCGCCAAACAGAGACCCCGACAGUACCCCGAGCACCGCGAAGAAAAGAGCGAUGACCACGACGAUGUCGAAGAAGACCUCGAAAAGUUUUCUUGCCAUCAAACUCUUUGUUGCCUUCCUGGGUCUACGCCUUUUGGCGCCUUCCUUCGUGAACGCUCCGCACACGCCCAACAGCAGUUCCACCCGAGUGGCAAUGAGGGCAGAGGGAGAGACGGAAGGAGAGGAAGAAGGAGGGAUGCUUGACAUCUUGAAAGUGGAACAAGACAUUGAGCUGUCACCUGAAGAGUACAAGAUGGCCCUUGAGCAGGAGAUCGAAACUCAGAGAAAGAAGUAUUACAUCGGAGGAAAGGUGAGCCCUAAAAACCUUGUGGUGCCCUGGAGGCCUGUGGAUGAGAAGCAGCUCGAGAAGGACGCCAGAAGGACCUUGAAGAAGAAUGGCAUCAAUGAUCCUUCCGGCCAGGACGUUGACAUGGAGUAUGAAGACUCAGAGAUUGAGCUGACUGUGGUCGAUGAGGAUGUGAUGUUGGCUUGGGCUGGUGGCAUCCCAGGAACCAAGGUGGGAUACAUCAUCGAGAGGAAGCCAGCAGGCAGCACCAACUAUGAGGAGAUCGCCACUUAUGACAACAUGCAGAACCCACAGUUGCUGGCGAAGCCUUACAGUGGCCAUGAGUAUUCCUACACUGACUCCAUGGUUCCCCCAGGCAAAUACGACUACCGCCUGCUUUGCCGUUCUCGUGAUGGUGGCAUUACAGUGGUUGACCAGAAGGAUAUCAUUGUGGCAGAGCCAGCGGGGUUGGAUCUGAAAUUUGCCUUCCUGAUUCUGGGCGGAGCCAUCGCCUUCAGCGGAUUCUACGGCUUCUUCUUGGACCCUGGCUGCAACACCUUGGUGCUCGGAGAACUGGGCACCGGCCUUCCGUUCUUUGUGGACGGUGUUGCCACUCGGCUCAGGGUGGUUGAGGCUGAGGCCCGAGACGAACUAGCGCGCCGAGGGUGGCGUGAAGGGAGCCUAGCCGCUCCCAUACCUGCUCCUGGUGCUGCGCCUGGUGGGGGGACUGCCACUCCUGCCAACGGGCCACCUGGAGCUGCGGCUGAGUGCAAAGCAGCUGCACCUGCGCCACGGGAGGAAGCUGCCCUAGCCUCCCAAGCUGCCAAGAAAGUCGCUGCCACCGAGCCAGGGGAGAGUGUUGCGCCCACCUCCCAACCUGUUGCCUCAGAUUGCGCUGAAAGGACACCCGAGGAAGUCAACCUCGGAAUCUAUCCGAAGAGUUGCCCUGCUGCCCCACGAGUGCCCGCCGCCGGAGCACAACAGGUGAAGCUUGAAGCGGAGAUCAAGGCCAAGCCGCCCAAGGAAGAAGAGAAAGAAGGAGAAGCUAAGCGAAGUGAAGCCAAGGAGGAAUCAAGGUCAGCUCCGGGAAAGGAGAAGAAGUCUCGUCCAGAGAGGCCGCCGGAGCCAGCUGGCCCUCCGCCAAGAAGAGAGGAUCGCAGGGAGCAGUGGCAGUGGGAGGGCUCAAGGUCCUGGUUGGCAAGGGCCGAUACCCUACUCUUCCCACGCGAGGUGGAGUGUAGGGAAAUCGAAAGGCAUUGUGCGCCGAGCCAAGCAAGAGCGGUUCAAUCGCAGAAGAGACCGGAGGCACGACAGAGGAGGAUGCCGCCGAAGGUAGUGGGGAGGCGUCCGGCUGCUCGAGUGGGACGGCUUAGGCGCCCGGCAGCCCGAGUUGAACCGCCUGCAGAGGAAGAGAAGAAGUGCCUCAGCCUAGGGCUGGGCGAUCUCGGGUCUCUGGGCUACGUUCAUUUGAAAAAGGCCAGGUACUAUGGCAGGGAGGUUGAGUUGGUGGGGAAGUUCACCAACCUCGGGCUGGAAGAUGGACAGCCCAUGGGCACGUUUGAAGCCUCAGGCACACAAGAUGAUGCCUUGUUGCGCUUGCUCAGCGGGCGUCCCAAGCGUCAGCUCACAGUUCACCUGUGCCAAGAGGAUUGCCCGGGGGCCUUGACAGAUGAGUUCCUAGUGCAUGGCAGGAGCUUUAUCAAGGUGGAUCAGGGAAAAGACCCAUGGUUCACCAACCUGCUAUCAGUGGGAGCUCCCGCAGGUGAAGCCGAUGAGUUGGAGGCGUUGAGAGCUGAUGAGACCAGGAGGAAGCAAGAAAGGGAGAGGGGAGACGAUAAGCCUCCCAAGGCGGCUGAGAAGGUCAAGAAGGCUGAUAAGAAGCAGAAGAGACGGGAGGAAGAAGACUCCCAGAGGAAGAGGAGGCGUUCAGAAAGUGAGGAUGAAUGGGAGAUAGGGCAGAAAUCUCCCAAGCUCCUGUUCGAGAAGACAGGUCUGGAUCCCGAAGCCCGACAGAGGAGAAAGUUUUUGAAGAAGGCAAGGAAGGUUGGGAGAUCCAAAAAGAGCAAAAAGAAGAAGAGCAAGUCGAGUUCAUCAGCUUCGAGGAGCAGCAGCAGCGAGACGGUGUCAAGCGGGCCUGUCGCCUCAGUUGGGCUCUUUGACAAUGAGCGGAAGCUGGGAACAAUCUGGAAGCGCUUUCCAGGCGCUUUAGCCUGUUCAGCGGCUACAGAGGCUAAGCAACAUCUUCUAACCGCGGCUGGGACAGUUUGGGGGUUGGACCGGAAGAAGGUGGACCCGGUCUUUACUCAUUAUGCUCGUCAGUGCUUGAUGGGGCAUAUGUCUCCCCCAAUGGCACAAGAAGCUCUUACGGUCGCUCAGACCUUGGACAUGAUGUUGCAAGGCCAUGUGGCUGGAGCGUGUGAUCUUAUGGCACAACGCUUGAAGAGCCUUGAAUCUUCCUCCCGUGGCAACCACUGGACGGUCUCCAGACAAAUGGAGUUGGUAAGGAGCGAUGGCGGCACGAUGGCAGAGGAGGCCGAAACAGUGGAAGCAGCCAAAAGAGCGCGGGAAGAAGAAAGAUUGAGGUCGUUGACAGCCAGACCUUCCGGGACAAGAUCUACAGAGGCGCUGGGCGGAGGCAAGGGGAGUAGAAAGGGCAAGGACUGGAAAGGUGCUAACAAAGGGAAAGGUGACGAAAGCGCAAAGGGCAAAGGCACCCACAGUCCUAUGCCGAACUCCCAAUUUGCAGUGGAGACAGUGCUCCUUCCUGAUUUCUCCUUUAGUGCUGAGGCGGCGAGCGUUGGUGCAGAUGCAGCGCAGAAAGGCAGAGGCAGCUUGAGUGGUGGCAUGGGCGGCGCAGAGAUUGGCAGCGGUAUCACUAUGCAUGAUAUAGAGGAGUUGGUUUCCAAUGCUGAGGCAGCGGCGUUGGAGGCUGAGGGGAGCGAGCAGGCUAAAGGGUCUGGCAGCUCCCAAGAGUUUCACCGGCUUUUGCAUGAAGGUGUCCUGAAAUGGCGCCGUGGACUUUUGCAGCCAGCGCGAGUGGCAGACGUCGGGGGACUGGUCAAUGAGGUCCUGAAGUUAUGUGAAAUGUUUCAUUGCAGACCAGAGCCCAUGGCCGAUAGGAGUAAACUUUUCCCUAUCUGUGCCCCAGGAUCUUUAAUUGGCUCAGGCCCUCGAGGACAGUUUUUCGUGGCUCUUUUGGGAAGCCUCAACCAUUUGUAUGGGGGAGGCGGCACAGGACGAGGUGGCCCGACCUCCUUUCGGGUUGCAAAAAGGCUGGCAGCAGUAGUGCAUGAUUCAGGGUUGUUGGAGGAGUUGUUACCCCCUAUGAGUUUCACUGAUUUCUUUAGUUGCAAACAACUGGACUAUGUGGGUGAUGAAGUUCAUGUAGCUAGACCAGUGGUAUGGGAGGAAGUGGAAGCUUCUCUCCCAAGUGAAGUUGGACAGCUUGACAUUCGGGACUUUGUUGAUGGGGGGGUCAAAUAUUAUAUCGAUCACCUCGAAGAGUUCAUGAUUGCUUCUCCCCCGGAUUCCAUUGCAAAGCCCCCUAAAGUGAUGGUGUCGGAUGCCCAUUGGAGUACAGUCGCUCAUGGCCUUGUGGCGAGGGGUCUUUGUCGGGUAUUGCGUAGAUCUUCACUGUUCCACGUGGGGGGGAAGCCUUUGCUCAAUGGCCUUUUUUCUGUAAGCAAGCAGGAGUUCAUUGGAACACUGGAGGUGUGUCGAUUGAUUAUGAACUUGAAGCCGGCCAACGCCCUAUGUUCUCCAAUGGUAGGUGAUACUAGCACCCUUCCUAUGGUCACAAACCUGGGCACCAUGUUCUUAGACCCCAGUGAAAACCUUUGCAUCUCCUCUGAGGACAUCAGAUGCUUCUUCUAUUUAUUCGCGAUUCCGGAGGCUUGGUGGAGAUUUUUCGGGUUUGCUAAGCCUGCACCCCGAUCGCUGGUGCCUUCAGAUUUUGGGGAUGAAGAGGGGUAUUUGGUGGCCACUGUAUUGCCAAUGGGAUGGAUUAACAGCGUUGCCCUGGCACAACACAUCCAUAGGAGAGUUGUGAGGCAAUGCAUGGGAAGCCUGCAACCCCCUCUUAGUGGGGCUCAGGAGCUUAGGAGAGAUAGACCCUUUAGUGUACACCCACACCUCUUUAGAGUUUAUCUUGACAACUUCGACGAACUGCAGAAAGUCAACAAGAAUCUGUCAGAAGUCCUGGAGGGGAGCCCUUCUCGAGUAGCCACUGCCCUAAGGGAGGCUUAUGAAAGGGAAGGCCUCCCAAGACAUCCCAAAAAAUCCACCCAGCAAGAGCUGAGGGCAGAAGUGCAAGGGGCUUGGAUUGAUGUGGUCAAAGGCACUGUAACAGCGAAGCCAUCCAAAGUGGCCCGCUACAUUGCCUUAGCUAUAGAGCUGUUGGAGCGAGGCACUGCAACCCAAAGAGAAUUACAGGUCAUUGGAGGGGGGUUUGUCUACGUGGCUAUGUUCAGGCGACCAUUGUUGGCGGGGCUAAAUCAAAUUUCGAGGAGUAUCACUGAGGUGGGCCCCCAACAAGCUAAGCAAAGACGGCGGCUGACACCUGCUGUAGUGGCUGAACUAGCUCGUUUCAUAGGUCUGAUACCUCUUUCUUUCAUGAACCUGCGUUCGGGGUUUGGGGAGUUGGUUACGGCCAGCGAUGCGUCUACCACAGGUGGGGGAGUGGUCCUCUCCCGUGCUUUGACCCCCUAUGGGCGCGCCGCGAGUACCAGCUUGGUACGAGGGGAGCUGCCUGAAAGGCACGAUUUCUCCCAAGUUCUCAGUGUGGGGCUCUUCGAUGGCAUUGCUGCCCUUCGGGUAGCCCUGGAUUGCUUGGAGGUUCCUGUGGUGGGUCACGUCUCAGUAGAGAAGUCCAGCGAGGCUCAGAGAGUAGUCGAAAGCUUGUUCCCUGAUGUUAUUCAAGUGGAGGAUGUUUGCCUAAUUGACGCGGAGAUGGUCAGCAGAUGGGCAAUGCGCUUUCCAUCCGUGGGACUAGUCAUCGUGGGAGCUGGCCCCCCAUGCCAGGGGGUGUCUGGCUUGAAUUGUGACAGAAAAGGCGCCCUCAGAGACUUGAGGAGCAAUCUUUUCGUGCACGUGCCUCGGGUGACCGCUUUGAUCAGAAAGGCAUUUCCCUGGGCCCAGGUGCACACCCUGACUGAGAGCGUUGCUUCCAUGGAUGCCAAAGAUUGUGAAACUAUGAACCAGAGCUUCGAGGACAGGCCGUGGUUCAUUGAUGCCGAUGGCGUGGCUUUGUGCCAUCGGCCCCGGCUCUACUGGAUCAGCUGGGAGCUUCAAGCAGGAGAAGGAGUCGCUUUGGGCUAUGGGAGUGACGGGCGGCUCCCAAUCCAAGGGGAGGUCCAGCUGGAAGCCGUGGUGGACUCCCAGAUGUUUCUGGAGACAGGAUGGUCGCUAGCUGAGCGACAGCGGCUGCCAACUUUCACUACGUCACGUCCAAGCUCGACACCCUUGAAGAGACCGGCAGGCAUCAAAUCGUGCAAGGGGCAUGAGCUCGAGCGCUGGCGGAGCGAUCGUCAUAGGUUCCCCCCGUACCAGUACAAAGAUGAAAACUGCGUGUCAAAUGCGCGAGGGGAUUUUAGAAUCCCAAGCGUGUCUGAGCGGGAGGUCAUCAUGGGUUUUCCCCUAGGAUACACUAUCCAGUGCCUGCCCAAAAAGGACCAUGGAACAGAAAAACAUACGGACUGCCGGCUGAGCUUGCUGGGCAACUCAUGGUGUGUGCCUGUUGUGGCGUGGCUGCUGGUGAAGCUGCUGCAACCUUUAGGGCUGGUUGAACCGACAAGCGUUCAAGAGGUGGUGAAUAGGCUAACUCCAGGUUGGGGUCGUUCUCUGCAAAGUCUUCUCCUGCGGCCCCCCAUUAGCUGUAGUACUGCGAGCGCCCCUUGUAGCGUAGAGCUGGUUCAACGCCUUUGUUCUCUGGUCUCCUUGAAAGGUGAGGAUAUCCUGCUGCAAGGUUCAACAGAUGCUCCGGCAAAGUUUCAUAGGGAUAGCUUGGAUGCCGUGGUUAGUGACUACAUCGAGCACCUGUGGUCAGAGGGAGAAGGACGCUCUGUGGCAAGCAAUUUGCUGGCUGGGUUACAAGAUCUUGACCCUCAUCUGAAAGGGCAUCUCCAGACCUCCUGGAGAUUGAUGAAAACCUGGACUGCUAACGAGCUUCCCAACCGAGCUCAGGGUCACUCCGGUUUGGCGGAGUCCUGGGGGGCAGGCUCAGGGUCACUCCGGUUUGGCGGAGUCCUGGGGGGCAGGAAUGUCUACUAUGAGCUGAUUCCGCCUGUUGAGCCAGGGGAAGGGCCCAAAUGGCACCGCCUGCCUGACGAUUCCAUUUUUAAAGGAAUGACUCAGCAACUGCCAAACGAGCAGUAUGUCCUGUCCCUGCUGAAAACUCAAGAAAUGGUGCAUGGUCAACUGCAAUGGCGACAAGUGGAACGCUCUGUAGGCGUUGCUGAGAGUCAGGAAAAGCUGUGUCCUCAAGCCGUGACACAAUUCUAUUCAUCGGUUCGGGCGUUAGCACGACAAGAUGUGAUUCAACAACCGGAGUACCACGAACAUUUGGAGAUGGGAAUGUCGGUGAACGAAAUGGUGGAGGAAUUUUUGGAGGACGCCGACUUCCUCCCAGCACAGGUGUUGCAGCUGCUGACUGACAACGAGAAAGCAGCUGCCAACGAAUUGUUGGCCUACAGCGAUUUUCUGCAGUGCAGCGGUUUGGUGCAGUGGGAGCCGUGGGCCAUUUCUGUGGGCUGUAGCUAUCAUGCUCUAUGCCUCAGCGCGGUUUCGGAUGGCAUAGACACGUCACAAAAACCGCGGCGGGGCGCGCGGACGGUAAGCCACAAUGAGCCAUUCUUCAAUUCAGCCCUUGCCGGCGUUGUGACUUAUGCCUGGUCUGAAAGUUCGGGGAUGCGACUUAAAGGUGCUUCCCCGCUCGAAGUCGAGGCAGUCGCGGCUGCAAAACUGCGGUGGAGAGGGAUGACAGGUCUAGCCCCAUUUGGUCCAGCACAGCAGGUGACACCCGGUGCCGCUCUGCUCUUUGGCUUGGCCAUGGCCCGGGUGCAGGUCAAUGAGGUGCAUUGUACCGCACUGAUGUCGUCGGUGUCCUGGCAGAUUGCCGUGGAGCUCUUCGAAGUUUGCCAACGAAAGAUGCUGCAGAGUGAUACGUUUCUAUGCAGCGCAGUGAUCAGUGCAUACCAAAGAGCUCGAAGGUGGCACUUGGCCAUUAGUGGGCUGGAGUUGGAGAGCAUCAAUCAGGUCGCUUAUGGUGCAGUGAUCAGUGCUUGCCAACAAGCCAAUGAAUGGAAAGUGGCGGAGCGUCUCUUCCGGGAUAUGCUACAGCUGCAGAUGGAAAGCAACGCGCAGAUCCUGAGUGCGUUGAUGGCUGGUGGCGCUUGGAAAUCCUCUGCGAAUGCCUUGGCCAACGUCCAGGUGGACCCGGUCCUGGCCAGUGCCGCAAUCAGCGCCUGCGAUUUUCUGGCUGAUCGCUGGCAGCAAGGAUUUGCACAGCUGAUUUUCUUCCAGCAGCAUUUGGUGGAACUCAAUGUCUAUAGUUACAACAGCGCGAUGAAGGGCUGCGAGCGAUCAACUCAGCGAUGGACGGCAGCCAGUAACAUCUUUCAAAGGAUCGAAGAAGACCUGCUGCAGAUGAAUGUGGUGAGUUAUAACACCCUCAUCAGCUGCUACAGCCAGGUGUCUCAUUGGAUGUUAAGCCUCGCAAGCUGCUUGGAGCUACGCUGCAGUGGCCUACGGCCGUCGGAAGUGAGCACGGCAGUCAGCUGCAGUGGCUGUGAGAAGGGAAGACACUGGCAGAUGGCCUCCAUGUUGCUCUCCACUUGGCGCAGCUGCUUCAGCUACGGCGCGGUGGUCAGUGCCUGUGAAAAGUGCAGCCAAUGGACGGAGGCCUUGGCGCUUCUCUCAGCUCCGCCCCGCAGCGCCACCACGGUGAAUGCUGCGGUGAGUGCCUGCGAGAAGAGCUCCUGCUGGCGACACGCGCUGCAACUCAUGGGGCUGGCGGAGAUGCGCUGUGAUGUCAUCACUUGGACCGCCGUGGCUACAGCCUGUGCUUGUGCUGCUUGGCGAGUGACCUUGCAGCUGCUGGUGAGGAUGUUGCAUCAGAGCCUCGCGCCGCAAGAGCUGGCGUGCGAUGCGGAAGUGACUGCCCUGUCCAAGAAGUGGCAGGCUGCUAUGGUGUGCUACAGGAACUACCAGUCCCAGCGCCUUCAACCCUUGGCCGCUAGCCUAUCAACCUGCCUCGCCGCGGCAGAACGCGUGGCCGCUGCGGGAAGUUUUCCAGCGGCCUAG